AUAAUAAAAAAUACAGUUGUUCAUUGUUAGUUCAUUGUUAGUUCAUAGUGCAUUAACUAAUGUUAACAGAUAUAACUUUUGAUUUUAAAAAUGGAUUAGUUUAUGUUGAAAUUAAUAUUAGCCAAGAUAAAUAAAUUCUGUAAAGGUAUUGUUCAUUGUUAGUUCAUGUGAACUAAUGUUUUUAACUAAUGUUAACAAAUGGAACCUUAUUGUAAAGUAAUACCGAAUACAGUAUAUGGGCAAUGGGCUGUAUUUACUUAACUACGUCAGUAUACAAUAUACCCGCCCUUCAGAGCGACACAAGGCGGAUGAGAGAGACUCGAAAGGAAAUGCCAUGCAAUCGCCCCAGUGCACAGAUUUCCCUACGGACAGACUGCAGUUAAAGGAGCCGUUACCACUUCCAUUUAGCCCUCUGGUUAGAAGUUCGAGAUGUGAGAGUUCAAACUGUUUCAUUUGUCAGCUUUUGCUCAUUCGACUGGAGUUGUUAGCUGCUUCCACCCGGAGUGUCUCCUCCUACCGCUGUUUUGACAGUGUCCGCAGCCUCCGCAAGCACACACACACACACACAGACGCGGAGCAGCCGUGGAUAGCUGAAAACGCUUAAAAGGGGGGGUUACAAGCACAUUUUAUUUUAAUGACUUGGGAUAUGCAAGAAUGUGUUGCCCUGCCGUCCUGACACUGGUGGAAAACCACAGAUGGCAGUGACUUUGUUACCCUCAGAUAGGAAAAUAUGGCACCUCAACAACCUUCCAGCAUGGAUGAGCAGACAGGAGAGCCAUGUGAGCCUGAAGCUGAGAAGGGAGAGAAGGAAGGUCCAGGACCCCCUUUAGGUGAAUCUGAACCAGCCACCAUUGAUGCUCCGGAUGGAGGCUGGGGCUGGGUGGUCCUGCUUGCUACCAUACUUGUCUUAGCGCUGACACUGGCAUUUCCUUCCUGCAUCGGCAUCUUCUAUGUAGAUCUUCAGACAGAAUUUAAAGCCAGCAACAGUGAGACUUCUUGGGUGCCAUCAAUAAUGAUAGCAGUUCUACAUGCUGGAGGUCCUCUCUGCAGUGUGCUGGUGGAACGCUUCGGCUGCCGGGCGACAGUGAUGUUUGGGGGAGUGCUGAGUGGUUUGGGGAUGGCCGUCAGCUCUUUUACACAUUCCAUACUUGAGUUAUACAUAACUGCUGGGGUAAUAACAGGUCUGGGUUUCUGUUUGAGUUUUCAGCCUGCUGUUACCAUCCUCGGCCAUUACUUUGUGCGCCGUCGUCCUUUUGCCAAUGCAAUGUCGUCCACUGGCACUGCUUUGGGACUGUCUACAUUGCCUUUUUUAGGUGACUAUCUCCACAGUGAGCUUGGCUGGAGAGGGAGCUUUCUGGUGCUGGGUGCUGUGCUACUUAACUGCUGUGUUUGUGGUGCUGUUAUGAGACCACUGAGACCUCGCAAGCCCAGAAUCACCAAGGCAGUUAAGAACGCCCCACCAUCCCCAGACAAAAAACGAUUGAAAGUGAGAAUGCAGGGGAUGUUUGAGAGAUUAGCAUCCUCCCUCAGACGUCACAUGGCCUUUGACCUGUUCAGUUGUAACCUGCGAUUUCGAGUCUUCUCCUUGGGCAUCACUUGGAUGAUGCUAGGGUUUGUGGUGCCGCUUAUCUACCUGGUUCCCUAUGCUACAGCCUACGGCAUGGAUCAGAGCCGAGCCGCCCUGCUGCUCUCCAUCCUGGGCUUUGUCAACAUCUUUGUGCGACCUCCCAUCGGAGUGCUCUUCGGCUUGCCCUGGUUCAAAGGCCGGCACAUCUAUGUGUUCUCGGUGGCACUGUUUAUUAAUGGACUCAGUAACAGUAUUUGCUGCAUUGCUGCUAGUUUCCCUGUGCUCUUAAUAUAUGUGCUGACUUACGGGUUAUCUAUGAGCGUGAUUGGCUCGCUGAUGUUCACCGUGCUGAUGGACACAGUUGAGAUGAAUCGAUUCCCAUCUGCUCUUGGCCUGCUGUCUAUCAUGGAAAGCGUCACACUGCUGGUUGGGCCUCCUCUUGCAGGAAGCCUUGUGGACAGUACUGGCUUGUACACAUAUGUGUUUCUGGCUUGCAGUAUCUCAGUGGCCUUAUCAGCUCUGUUCCUAAUAGUUUCAUUUUACUGGCUGGACUGUCGCGAUGCAGCCCAGAAGGACAAUUCACCAGCUUCUGGAUCUCCAGCUAAGCCUGCAGUCACUCUGUCAACAAGCUGCCAGUACAGCAGUGUGCCUACAGAUGGGGAUAAGACAUAUAACCUAUCUUCAGAGAGAGAGAACAUUACUGAAAUAUGACCUGCAUCAGAAUCAGACUGGGGUUGUUCAUGUUUAAAUUUUUAUCUAUAUCAGAUGUGUUACAGCUCAUGAAAAUGUAUUCAGUAUACACCGAAUUUUUUUAUUUUUUUUUACUCCGUUUCUUAGUAACACAAAAUGUGUUGUUUUUAAAUGUAUCAUUUCAGUGAGUGUCAAACUUGCGUUGUUUUGUACUUUGAUAUAUGGUCUAGUGAGCAUGAGCUCAUGUCACUGGUAUGCCUUGUAUGCUAAGUGCCAUGGUAUACUAUAAUGCCAUCUGUUUGGGUUACAGUAAAUUAAAGGUGAUGUAAGUGAUUUGUUAAUAGCAUGUUCUUACUAGCUGACAGAUUGGACUGAAAUAAGUGUCCUGAGAAAUCUCAUUUAUUUCUUUGACAGCCCUAGGCUCUGCAAACAGCAAAAAGGAGACAGGUGAGCACUUUUUUUUUUUUUCUCCAGAAAACUAACGAAUCAGAGAACGUGUUUUUUGUAUUUUAUGUGUUUGUGUUUUUGUUUGCUCACGUGUUUGGAGAGCAGAGUUUUGGACAGAGUGCGGGAGGUUGACAGGUUGGUCUAAUUCAGUGCCCUAGUCUAGCGGACUAGCAAAAUGUGUAAAAUCACUAAUAGCAGCUUUAAAUAUUAUAAAAUGCUACUUUAUACUUGAUCUUCAAUGACAAAACUUUAAAGUUAUUUUGCCAGAAAAUAAGCUAUUUGGAGUCAGGAAUGCAUCAUAGCUUGUUUGUUUCAUGCCUAUAAUAUCUACACUAUGUCAAGUUUUUAGCAGACUCAGUUUCUUCAUUUUUAUCAAUUAUAUCACAAUACAUUAUUAUGCACUGUGAUAAUAAGCUCCAUACACGGAAAGACAUGCAUUCACUGUCUAAAACUUAAAAGGAGAUUGUUCACCUGAUGUUUUACAUUUACCCAUUCUAUUGCCAAAGUAAGAAAAGAGACUUUAGUAAAGAUUUUAGAUUUUAGUAAAGUUGUUAUUACUACACGUGGGCAAUUGAUGGCUAAAGAUACAGUACUGUGCAAAGGUUUUAGACAGUUGUUGAAGUAUAGUGGGGAUGUUUUCAAAAAUAAUGCCUUGAAUAUUUUUCAUUGAUCAAUUAACUUAACAUAAUUUGCCAUAACAUAUUCAAUUAAAUUAACAUAAAGUGCAGUAGACAUAAAAAAAAUAACUAAAAUAAAAAUCAGUAUUGUUGUAGGACUUCUUGUUCUACUUAUAUUAUAUUAUAUUUACAAAAGAAAUGUUUGGAAAUCUAAAAUUGAUAUUUUCUAUUGACAGACUAUAGCAGAAGAUAUAAAAUAACCAUCUUAUGUCAAAUGUUUAUGUAAAACAUCUAAUGUGCCUAAGAUUUUACACAGUACAAUAUCUCAAAGACAGGCCUUAUUUAACCCAAACACGUGCAAUGAAACUUGCAAAGACAUAUCAAACACAGACUUUCUUUUCCAGUUGAGUAUGAUUUGCCCUUAAUACUUAAGUACGUGCCCUUGUGGAGUUGUUAGGUUCAUGGAUUAGUAUUGUGAGUGUUUGAACAGCAAGUGUUCAAAGGGUCUAUUUUAAUUCAAUACAGAAUAAGACACAUUUCACUGUAAUGCAAGCUAGCUGUUCAUUUCUUCUCAUGUAAACUGUUUUUAGUCUUGUCAUAGUUGUGCUGUUAUUGUUUUUUUUUAUAUACUUUACCAAAGCAAUAUACCUUCUUCUGAAAGAAGUAGGCUAUGAGCCUCUCUAGAAUGUAUCAUGUAUAUCAAAAUGUACAUUACAGAGUAUUUACUACAAUGAUAAAGUUUAUUUCUGUAUUAAAGGCAAAGAUAUUUGGAAUUUUAGUGCUUAAGAUUUUGUUCUGCUGUCUAAUUGCACUUAAUAAACAAGCAGAAUUAUUUGA